AUGAAAAUCCAAGCGUUACUGAUUCCCCGGAAGUGGAGGGCGCGCGUUGGACGCGCCGUGAUGGCCGUCCUGCCACCAUUCAACUUUUUGACACUACACUACGUCUACUUCAUUGCCACCUGCCUUAUCGCCAGCGUGAUAUUCUAUUUGACGUCGACGCCAUGGCUCAGCGUCACCUAUGUGGACUCAUUGUUCUUGUGUGUCAGUGCCAUGACCGGAGCUGGAAUGAACACGAUAAAUCUGUCCACGCUCAAUAGCUUCCAACAGGCCAUUCUGUUCGUGCUACUCAUUCUCGGUUCCGCGGUUCUCAUCUCUAGCGCUGUUCUUAUGGUACGCAAGCGGGCCUUUGAUGCCAAAUUCAAGGGCAUCUCCGACGAACGCGAGAAAGAACGUGCUUCUCGCCGUGCAUCUGCUCUUGUGAUGGGCGGUUGUGAAACACAGCCAGAAAGUACGGAAGUUCUGGGCAGCAACGACUUUGAAACUUUCAAGUCAUCCAAGACUGAUACCGAGACAAACGUGACAACGCAGCCCUUGCCAGUGGAAACUGACGACCAGAGUCAAUGGGUAGACGACGAUCAGGUCACCGUGAGCGGCAUCAAGGCGCGCAACAAUCACGCUCACCACCGAGUUUUCCCAAUGGCCGGCGUGGGAGCCCGGCCUGAUCUGAACAACCACCCCCACGAUACAACGCCAAAUGUUCUUCUGUAUCGAGAAGACUCGCAGUCUGGAUUGAAGGGCGUUCUACGAGGAAGUCAAAGAUUCCUCGCUUCAAAAAGCUUGAUUUCGCGCAACUCCCAGUUCCACGGCUUGACCUCAGCCGAACGCGAGGCUCUGGGCGGAGUCGAGUACAAGGCCGUCUCGUUUCUGUCAUGGAUCGUGCCGAUCUAUCUUGUCAUGUUUCUCUUUCUCGGCAUGAUGGGCAUGGGAGGUUGGCUCGCGCUCAACCACCCGGACAUGACUCGAGAAAAUGGACUCGCGCCUUUCUGGACCGGUGCCUUCUUCGCCGUGUCUGCGUUUGUCAACAGCGGCAUGUCUCUGCUAGAUGCUAACAUGACUGCUCUUCAACUGAACGCUUAUCCGCUGCUGACCCUGGGCAUGUUGAUUCUGGCCGGCAACACGCUCUACCCGUGCUUCCUGCGCUUCAUCAUUUGGACCAUGAGAAAGAUGCUGCCCAAUCGACCGGCAUGGCAGUCAUGGAGAGUCACACUCGAUUUCAUCUUGGAUCAUCCGCGCAGAGUGUACACCAAUUUGUUCCCUGCUCGGCAUACCUGGUACCUCCUGGGCACGAUCGUCAUUCUGAACGGCAUCGACUGGGCCGCGUUUGAGCUGCUGUCAAUCGGCAACAAGUCCAUCCAAGUUCUUCCUACGGAAUACCGCAUACUGGACGGACUGUUCCAGGCCCUAGCAGUGCGCGCUGGCGGCUUCUACGUCGUGAACAUCGCCGACCUGCGUCAAGGACUGCUGGUUCUCUACGUUCUGAUGAUGUAUGUCUCCGCGUACCCGGUCCUAGUCACAAUCCGCAACACAAACGUCUAUGAAGAGCGCUCGCUGGGAAUCUACGCAGACAACGAAGAAUCCUCCCUCGAAACCGAAACCACGCAGAAGUCAAAUGUGAUCAUGGACCUCAUCCGGCACCACAUGGGCCGACCAGGAUUCUCCGAGUCUUCGCGCGGCUACUUUGUGCACCAGCAGCUACGUUCCCAGCUCAGCCAUGACAUCUGGUGGAUCGCAUUGGCCGUGCUAUUCAUCGCUAUUGCCGAGUCGGACCACUACGAUGCGCAACCCGUGGCGUUUGCGACAUUCAACAUUAUUUUUGAGGUUGUGUCGGCAUACGGCUGUGUCGGCGUGAGCGUUGGUUAUCCAGGCCAGAAUUUCUCGUUCUGUGGCGCAUGGCAUCCUAUUAGCAAACUUAUCCUGGCUGCUGUGGCUCUCCGCGGAAGGCAUCGUGGUCUGCCUGUUGCUAUUGAUAAGGCCAUUAUGCUUCCUAAUGAGUCGUUGGCGUGGGCAGAGGAAGAAGAUGCGGCGAUUAGGAAGGAAAGGUCGCAUGCUUGGGGAAUGGAUCGAAUGCCAGUGGGAUCGGUUUAG